CAAAAGCGGAUGGGUACCGUUUGAUGGGCAUUGCUACUUAUAUUCCAAGACAAAGAUGGACUGGGAUGUUGCCAAGGGUGAAUGUAACAGGAACAAUGCUAAACUGGUUGAAAUCGAAACAGAGUCUGAAAACUCUUGGAUAAUGGAAACAUUUUUGCCCACGGAAGCGGAUUGUCCUUCCUUUUGGGGGUGCUCUGUGUGGAUCGGGGCAACAGACCGGGAUAUGGAGGGGAGGUUUGUUUGGGACAGUGACCAACGCCCCGUCAAUUUUACACGAUGGAGUCCUGGAAACCCAAACAAUGAGGGGCCAUCUGGUGAACAGCACUGUGUAGAUCUCAUGAUUUCUGGAGAAUGGGACGACGGGGAAUGCGAGGCACUCAUGGGUUUCGUUUGUGAAAUGGAUUACUGAAAAUCAAUGUAGAGACUCAUAUCCUUUUAAAUAAAGACAGAAGGACUUCAAAAUGAAUUAAUUUAUUAAUCAGUUUUAUUAAUGUCAACGAAUGUAGUUAAAUGAUUGUGUGAUCAUUACAAAAAAAAAUGUGAAAUUUAUUGAACAAGGUAUUCCUCCCAGAAUUUUGGUAAAUCAGUUGUGUACA